AUGGCGUCCACCUCGGCCGAUGUCUCGGAGGGUGUUGGUGACCACAUUGUGCGACCACGGGCCCGGAAGCCGCUUCACUCCCAGCUAUCGCAAAUCAGCAAUGUAUCCGAGGGAAGCGGCAUGCUGGAGCUUCCGAGCAAUGGCAAUGGGACCGGGUCAACAAGUGGCCGCUCAACUCCCGUCCCGCCCGAUGCGCCGCCUUCCGUGAAGUCCCUUUCGACCGCCCGCAAGCAGGUUCGCGCGGAGCAGCGCCGCCGGCUCUUCCCAACGAUCGAAUUCGCUAGCCGAGUCUCCCACUUCGAUCCAAACAGCGACUACCGCGAUUUUCGUGGCUUUUUCAAUCUCUUUUGGAUUGGCCUCGCUAUUAUGGCAAUAACAUCGAUGCUGCGGAAUAUCAAAGACACGGGAUAUCCUCUACGUGUGGAGAUCUGGAGUCUCUUUACCGUUAAGCUCUGGCACCUAGCCAUUGCCGACGGGCUGAUGGUGGCUACUACUGCCGUCUCAUUGCCCUUGCACCGUGUCUUCAGAGCCGCACCAUCUAGCAGCGCAUUGACCUGGAGCAAAGGCGGGAUGGCUAUCAUGAGCGUUUACCAAGUUGUAUGGCUUGCGUUCUGGAUUGCAGUACCUUUCUUGUUGGACUGGACGUGGACCUCUCAAGUCUUCUUCCUGCUACACACUAUGGUGAUUCUCAUGAAGAUGCACUCCUAUCUAUUUUACAACGGGCACCUAAGCGAAACGGAAAAGCGUUUACGCGAGUUGGACGAUCCUUCCACUGCAUCACGAGCACCCGCAUACCUUUACCCGACUCUCGAGAAUCCCCUGGGCAUGAUGACGAGCCCCAAGAGAGCCGAGGCUAAGGCCAAUGGAGGUGAGGGGAAUGGCAUGCUUGGGGAUACAGAUGAGGUCUCCCAACUCCGCGAAGACUUGGCCCGUGAGUUGACAAGUCCAAUUGGUAACAUCACGUACCCGGCCAACUUGACAUGGGCAAAUUAUGCGGACUAUAUAUGCUGCCCGACCCUUUGUUACGAAAUCGAAUACCCUCGGAACGAUCAGAUCGACUGGCAGAAUCUCCUCUCCAAAAUUGCCGCCAUCUUCGGUUGCAUCUUUCUCCUGACCAUCAUUUCUGAGGAGUUUAUUCUGCCAGCCUUGGUUGAUGCGUCCAAGAGGCUUGGGCCAUCCUUUCACGCGGCCGACUCACCCUUAACAGUACUUGAGGUCCUCCUCAUCCUCGCCGAGACCAUCUCGUGGUUACUCUUCCCCUUCAUGUUGACUUUCCUGCUCGUCUUCCUCGUCAUCUUCGAGUACGUCCUCGGCGCCUGCGCCGAGAUCACCCGGUUCGCAGAUCGGCACUUUUACAGCGACUGGUGGAACAGCACCGACUGGAUGGAAUUCUCGCGCGAGUGGAACGUACCUGUCUACAGCUUCCUACGUCGCCACGUCUACAGUGCCAGCCGCCCCCAUAUCGGCAAGGCCAACGCUACCGUCAUCACCUUCUUGAUUAGCGCUAUCGGCCACGAAAUCGUCAUGGCUUGCAUCACUAAGAAGCUACGCGGCUACGGCUUCAUCUGUCAAAUGCUCCAGCUCCCUAUCGUGAUGCUACAGCGGACGAAAUGGGUUCGUGGCCGAAAAACCUUCAAUAAUGUGUGCUUCUGGUGUAGCAUGAUCCUGGGUCUAAGUUUGAUUUGCUCACUGUAUGUCUUGGUAUAA